AAAGAGCUCGGGGUUCCCGGGCGGGGAUUUAGAUUGGGCUCCUUCCCACCGCUGCCUCCACCCCUGCGCGCCCCGGGCAGCCCGGCGUGCGUAGAAUGGCUUUGGUGGGAAGGGCGUCGCAGCCCUGCCGUGGGCUGUGCCCCACAGCUCAGCUGCCCAGGAGCCAUCCGUGGCCAUGGGCACCUCCAGGGGUGGGCACCCACAGCUCUGGGCAGCGGUGCCAGCGCCUCACCGCCCUCUGAGUGAAGGAUUUCCUCUUCACAUCUCACCUAAAUCAUUCCUCUUUUAGUUGAAAGCCGUUCCCCCUCGCCCUGUCGCUAUCUGCUGGUGGUGCAUGUGCUGUGUGAGCAGGAGAUGCUCAGUUUUUGGCUGCAUAGGUGAGAGGAGGGGAUGAGUGCUGUGGCCGUGGCUGUUCAGUGUGUUCGUUACCCAGCUCUGGGUGCCUAGGUGUCCCAUCCUCCAGGCAUGGUCCUUAAGGUCUUCUUUCCUUCGUGCUGCUCCUCAGCAGAAAGCGGCAUUUUGAUCGGCCGCUGGAUCCCAGAACAAAGCUCUGCUGUUAUCCUCGCCGUGGUCCAUUUCCCUUUUAUUCCUCUUCAGGUGAAGCAAUAUCUCAGGGAAGUCCAGCAGGUGACUAAGGUCAGCAUUUCUGUGCUCGGCUCAUGGAACAACAGCAAACAGGAGAAAGAAGAGAGUCUGAGUGAGUUCUUGGAAGACCUUGGGACGAUAUUUUCUCAUGAGCCGUGGAUUCAGAUAAGCAAAGAGGGAGACAGCAAAUUCUGGAACUGUUCUACCCUUCAGAAACAGUCUGACACCCACAGAGAAGAAGAAAUCAUCUUAGUGUAUUAUGACCAGCGUAAAGUCAUGCUGUCCCAUCUGCACCCCCCGUUGGACACAGCUGACCUCGGGGCAGAGGAUGCCUCCAAGCUCUCUGCCAUCUUUAACACAGUUGCAAGCAGCAAGGUGCUCUUCAUGACAGACAGAUACGAUGAUGGGCCCAUUAAGAUGACCCACUGGCAGUCGGAUGGCGUUGAAGCAAGUAUCAUUGUGGAGCUGAUGAAGCAGGCCUCGGUGCCUGCCUGCAUGCUGCUGACGUUCCUGCUUUCACUUGUCUCUGGGGUCUGCAACAGCAGGGUUCUGAAGUUUUGGCCUUUGUCUUUCUUGUGGAGCAAACUCUCAACCUGUGAGCAGCUGGGCCAUCGCCUGCAGCACCUCCAGGUCAUCAGCAGCAGCAAGAAGGCUCAAAACCAGACCCAGCUAAUGAGGAAAGCCAACAUCUUUGUCUCUCUGCUGAUUGAUGUGGCUCUGGGGAUACUGCUAAUGUCCUGGCUGUACAGAAAGAACCAGAUCGGUCACCUUGCUGACACUCUCAUCCCUGUGGCUGAUCAUGUAGCUGAAGAGCUGCAGGACCUUCUCCAGUGGCUGAUGGGAGCACCAGCUGGACUGAAAAUGAACCGAGCUUUGGAUCAGGUGCUGGGUCGGUUCUUCCUUUACCACAUCCAUCUCUGGAUUAGCUACAUUCACCUGAUGUCCCCAUUCAUCGAGAUGAUCCUCUGGUAUGUUGGUCUGUCAGCUUGUCUGGGUCUGACCGUGGCUCUCUGCAUCCUCUCUGACAUCAUUGCACUUCUGACCUUCCACAUCUACUGCUUCUAUGUCUAUGGAGCGAGACUCUACUGCCUGAAGAUCUAUGGCCUGUCGUCUCUCUGGCGCUUGUUCCGUGGGAAGAAGUGGAACGUCCUCCGGCAGCGGGUGGAUUCCUGCUCCUAUGACUUGGACCAGAUGCUGUAACCUCUUAUGAAAUCCUCAACGCCAUAGGAAGGCUGGGCCACACCUACUGCUGCAAACAUCACUGAAAUAAUAAAGUGAUGUUUGGUGACCCCCAGGUGCCUCUCUGUGUUCAGCAGAUGAGUUCCAGCUUCUCAUACCGCCACAGCAGAGGGAUUUCUCUUCUCCUUGGUGAUGGAAAAGUCAGAAUAUCUGUCAGGAUGACGGUUUACAUCAGGCUCUCCUUCUGAGGAGGGUUGGUUUGGCCCUCCAGACUCUAUCCUGCUGCUCACAGGAGUUGUGUUGUUGGCCUGGGUGGGAUGAGACACUCAGAGCUGACCUUAAAAGUCUUCAGAGGACAUUAAGGAACUGCAGUGGAGUGGCAGAGGAGGGCAGAAACAGUGGCUGUGAAGGGGAUGGGUCAGAUUGUCAUCUAUGUCUGGUUCUGUGCAUAAAGCUGAGCCAUCAAACCACCUCUGCAACAAGGCUGUUUUCUGCCAUAACACACCGUGGCCGUGUUCUCUUCCUGCAGAAAUGGCAGUGCUCCCUGGUCCUGUGUCCUCUCAGUCACCAGGACAGAGAAUUGAAGAGUUGGGUCUCUUUUUGUCAUAAAUCUGUAUUUCUCCAUUGGUUAAUUAGUUUGGCUUAUGCCAGCUGGGCCAACCUGACGUUAAAAUAACCAGUUCUAUGGGCAGUGGAGCUAAUGACAUCUGCUUUCCUAUGGAUUUUUCUUAUCCCUCUCAACAUAUUACAUCAUCCCACCCAGUCACUAUCUUCUUUGUCACCCAGUUACCUACUGAGCAGAGCCUUGAUGUCCCUUGGCCGGCCAGUUGCUGCCCAUUGGAAGGACUUAUAACCCAAUUCUCCCAAACCAAGGAGGAACAAAAAAGUCUAUAGAAUUCCCUACCCAGUUUCUACUUCUUUGCAACUUUCCACCUUUUUUUCCCAGUAAAAUACAGACCAAUGGUUUUAAAACUCACAGAGGCAGGCGAUGGUUGAACAGUGUAAUCACAGAAGCUUUGCUUCCUAAGGAAGCCAGCAUAAUAUAGGAAAUCUUGAGCAUUGUUCAUAAAGGAACAAAUGCUUUCAGGAUCUUUUCAAGCAGUCCCAAAAGGCCCAAAAAGAGAAUAAUUACUGAAAAUAUUAGCAGAAUUAUCCACGCAGGGAAUUUAAAAGAAAACGUUAAGAGUCUUGCAAACUCUCUGUUUCAGCAUUUGCUAUUAUUUUUAUUUUGUUUUGCCAUUGUUCUGCUGAUGAUUUUGUUUCUUUUUUC